GUCAAUGCCGCGUGCUGCCGAACGAAUGGGAGCGUGGCUCUUGUGGGCGGGGCUACCUGCAUGGAUAUCAACAAAAUGCAAUGAGGGUUCAUUCGCGCCAUUCUGCACUUCGUAUUCCCAUCCAGACAGACAAGAUCCGACCUGAAGCAUGAAGGCUUUAUCCUCUUCACCAGAAACUCCCCAAAAGACUAUGAGAAGGGUGUCUAAACCUGUAAUGGAGAAACGCAGACGGGAGAGGAUCAACCACAGCCUGGAGACUUUACGACUUUUGAUGCUGGAGAACACAGAGGACGAGCGGCUGAAGAAUCCAAAGGUGGAGAAAGCUGAGAUUCUAGAGACUGUAGUCAAAUUCUUGAAGACUGGGAAGGAUGUGCAGAGGGGUCGCCGGGCCAUAAAGAGAGUCAUGUCCAGGGAGCAGGGACCGACUGCUUCCCGCAAACAAACUUACCAUAGCGGCAUGAGGUCCUGUCUGCUGAGAGUCAGCCACUUCAUAUCCAGCAAGAGCCAAGACGCAGAAGAAACCGAUGAGGAUCCGGAUCAGACAUCCUUUGUGCAUCUCGAACCCCGAACAAAUCCCUCAUCUAACGGGCACACAUAUAUCCCUACACCCAUCGGAGACCCGGCUGCCCUGGCUCUCCAGCAUCCGCCCCUCCAUCACUGCUCGACAAGCUUCUCCCAUCCAUACCACACCCCGACGACUGGCUUCCACUGCGACACCAGUAAACUGCUGUCUCCUUGCGCUGCCAUUACGCACAGCACGGAUCCCGUGUGGAGGCCGUGGCCUCAGUAAAAGACACUUAAAGACAAGAUUUUUAUGAUAUUUGUAUUUGAUGCUGACACUGUGUAAAUAUGUAUUUUUGUUGUACAGCCUGAACGCCUUUUGUACAGUACAGAUGUAUUUCCUGACCGCGUAUAUUUGAGAUUCGGGGCAUUACUUAUAUGUGCCGUUUUUUUGUUUUGCACGCAUCAUUCUUUAUUUUUUUGAGAAAUCCAGUUGCAAAUAUGUGAAUUUUUUACUUCGCUGUCCGGGGAUGAUAUUUUUUUUGAAACACCUAUAUGAAUUUGGUGUUAAGGGGACGCGUGCGUAAAACCAGCGUAGCUUUCUUGAUAGAGACUAUAUUUUUUGUAUGCUUUUCUUUGUGAUAAAGAUUCACAGACAUUCAA